AUGGCGGCAUAUCAAAUAAUGAGUAUAUAAAAUAUUAAAGUACUAUUUGUCGCAUAACCAUGUAAAGACAUGCAGAGAUCUAAAUCACAAAACACGAGUAUCUUCCAAGAAUCGCAAAUCAACGGAAUCAUCUAAGGACCACGCUACGAUAAAAGAGGUGAUGUCAUAAAGAGAUCCAUAGUUGGAUCAGUUGAUCAAUUCUAGAGAGAGGGCAAAGUCUAAUAAGACAGCAGAGUAACUGAUGAUGAUUCUUCAAUGCUAAGAUCUUUUGUUAUUACCUCAUUCAAUAAGAAAAAGAACUUAAAGAAGAAAAGAGAGCCUGUUCAUCUGAGCAAGAUUUCCAAGGAGGAUAUUCAAUUGCAUAUCGAUAAAAUUCAAAAAAAUAUUAAACUAACUGAAAUCUCACUCAGAUCUAAGGAAGAGACAUUGCCUAUCAUAGAGAGAAAUCUAUUAACCAGAUAAAGAAGAAUCUUAGAAUCAUGUGAAGAGAAGAAAGAAAAAUGGAAUUAAUUGGAAUAGGAAUUAGCAAGUCGUUGUGAGCGUUCCUUUAGCAAUACUUUACUUAACAAGAGUCAAGGGUAUCGAGAGAAGAAGCAAUUAUUGGACACUCUAAAUGCUGUAUAGAGAGAACCCAAUGUGAAGGAAUGGUAUGGCAAUCUCAGAAAAUACGAAUAGACAAAUGAUCCAACCAUCGAGAUUAUUAAGAGUGGAAAUACCGUUAAAAUUUGCAGUGAUAAAUUCAAGAAUAUGAUCAAUCAGAGGUUGAGUAAAAAGUAUUAUGACUCUGAUUAUAUAAUUGUCAAUGGGAAUAGUAAAUUGACACUGGAAUCCAAAGAAGCCAGGGAUCUGAUGAUACUACCUCAGGAUCUAGUGUAACAGCCAACCAAAGAUUUCAAUUACUCUAAUUAUAAUAAAAGAGAUCUCAGUCGUCGAUCAUCCUAUAGAAUUGUUUAAUUAUAGUGA